AUCGAGACCUCAUAGAAGAGAGUUCCUGGGUGGAGUUAACUCACAAAUAUUUAAAAGCUUACAUAUUAAUUGAUGGGUUCCCUGCCUUCCAGGAACUGAACAUUUUAUAAGAGCUAGGAAAAGACUGUUGUCUAGGCCUUGAAGUAGGAAAGUUAAUUGCAAAGGCACAGAAGUGAGUGGCCUAAAGAUAAAAAUCGGUCAAAUACAGUUAGGAACUAAAAACUCUAGCAGACAAAAGGGAUCCCCUAAAGUUCAUUUAACAAGUGCAUGUCUUAGUUAUACUUUUGAAGUAGGAAUAUAAAUUAAAUGAUUAUGUAGAACAUGGAUUGCAAAGAGGGGGACUUGAAAGCUGGGAGACAAAUUAGCAACUGCAGUAGUCCCAUGGGUGGAGCAGUAGAGGGGAGUGUACAGAAGAUGCUGGGAGAGAUGUGUCUCCCAGAUUGCUAAGGACUGGACGUUUUUGUUUUCGGCACGAAGAUACACGGGGCCAGUUCGAAGGAAAUCAUAAUGAGCUCUGUUGUGGAAUAUGUUGAUCCCUAUUCGUUUCUGGAACGUGGGGAGCUGCUGAUAGGCAGAUAACUAAGAUGGGCACGGCAGGGUUUUCUCCAAGGGUGCCGCCUGGUGUUAGUUUCGGGAGGUGCAGCAACUUCGGCGUUAGAACGCCCACUCACUCGAAGAAGCGGGGAAACAGUUGAGGCUGCGCGAAGAGCGUGAUCGCAGGGAUUGCUGAGGGACUACAACCCAUUUCUAUCUCCAGGGAGUUCUGAGUGGUAGGGAGGAGGAAACAAACCGUGCCGAUCACAUGUCCAUCACCUUUUUCUCCGCUUUGCUGGGUUAUAAAUCACACUGACACUUUUCCCUAUCGAUUCCUCGGGACUGACCGAGAUGGGAGAAAGUUUGUCCCUCGUCGGUCGUCGGAGUCGGUAGUUGGCGCUUGCGCAUAAGGCAUUCCGGUCAUCAUGGCCGCUGCUGCGAGCCCAGUGCUUCUGGGCCUUCGAGACUCUGAGAUGAGGAGCAGUUUUGAGCAGCCCCGGGAUGGGGCCUGGGCUGUCAACAAAAUAGGCGGCCUCCCGGAUAGCAUGCCCACAGUCCCCGCCCCACAGCCGUGCUGCGGGCGCUGUGGGGCUGCGAUGGCGCAUGUUGUUCAGGUCUACUGCCCUCUGGAAGGCUCGCCUUUUCACCGCUUGCUACACGUGUUCGCCUGUAUCCACUCGGCCUGCGUAGGCCAGCCUUGCAGCUGGAAGGUGUUUCGCUCCCAGUUUUUGCAGAGGCAAGAGGACUGUGUGCAGGACGCCAAACUAAUACAGAAAGAGGAGAAUAAUUUUGCAGUUAAAGACUGGUGUGAAGGAGCAGAGGACUGGGGAGACAACAAUGAAAGUGAUCUUGAACCAUGGAUUAAUGUAGCUGAAGACACAGAAUGUAUGUCCCAAUUCCAGAAACUCACACUAGAUGAAGUUUUAAGUGACUCUUGUCCCUUUAGUUACACAAUAUCUGCUAGAGAAGGACGAAUACUGCCCAGCUCAUCAGUUCCUAUGUUUCAGCCCUACUAUGUCAAUGUUGUGGAUGAGGAAGAUUAUACUAAUUUUGUUGAUACAGAUCAUGCCCAAAAACUUCUUCGGGAGUAUGGACAAAGAGAGGGAGUUGAAGUGGAACUUCUGAUGGCUCAAAGUUUUAUUCUUGACAAUCGUGAAAAAUAUGAGAAGGCUGUUAUCAAAAAUAAUGAUAAAAUAUUUUAUAAAUUUAUGAAAAGAAUAUCUGCCUGCCGUGAACAGAUUCUUAGGUACUCUUGGAAUGGAAAGCCUCUCUUUAUAACCUGUCCUGCAGAUGCUACCGAGAUUCCAUACUGUAGUAACUGUGGAAGUUCCAGAGUAUUUGAAUUUCAGCUUAUGCCUACACUGGUCAGCUUGCUCAAAAUCACUCAUUUAGAUAUCUCUGUUGAAUUUGGAACUAUACUAAUUUAUACUUGUGAGAAGAGUUGCUGGCCAGCUAAUCAUCAAAGUCCAAUGGAAGAGUUUUGUGUUAUACAAGAAGAUCCUGAUCAAAUGUUAUUUAAAUAGAAUCAAUCCUUCCUUGUGUAAAUAAAUUUUAAUUUUUAAACUUGCAAAAGCACUGGUAUUAUAGUAAAAAGAUGAGUUUUUGUGGCAGUAGGCAUUUGAAGAACAUUAAAAGUUGUUCAGGUUCACAAAUGUGAUUAAACCUAAUUUUCUUCUA